AUGCCUCGCUAUCUUGAAGUGGCAGAACAUUGCUACGUAGAAAGUGAACUCGCACAGCUUUUUGCAACACAAAUGGCAUUUUCUCAUUCGGAGACCGUCUGGAACACAUUCUAUCUCUAUGCCUUACUGCGAGACUGCAUACGACAAUCUGUGGGACUGGUACUACCUCACUGUGGAAGCCAUAAAGAUCAUCUAAAUGCUCGAUUGCUUGAACAAAACUUGUGUGUGGCUGGAACAGGGCAGGAGCAGUGGGCACAUGCAUGCAGAGAUUGUGCAAAGGUGAUUGUCGAGCAUGAUGGCUCCUGGUCUCGUAUCACUGCAUGUGUGAUGGAUGGUGUCACUGUCAGUCAUCCAAGGUGCAAUGUAGCUGACUGCAUUGAGUCGCUGGCAUCACCACGUGAUCGCUUCUGUCCCAUUCAUGCCAAUUUGCAUAUGCGAUGCGCGAUACAUGGCUGCAGUGCAAACACAUGUCAAGGCUUUUGCACUUGCAAGAAUCCCGUUCAUCGCGGCAUAGAAUUGUCGAUCGGAGGUCUGUCCUCACCUCCAAGGCUCAAGACGUCCUUGACGCGCAAGUGGACACAUAACGAGCAACUCAUGGUACGAUGCUGUGGAAUUAUUAUAUCACGAGUGACAUUUUUCCAUGCAGAGUCUCUUGUCAAUGCCACGAAUUUUAUUCUUGCCACUUUUCCAGCUCGCUUCUCCUGUGCUUGUCCAUCCUAUCUCUUCUUCGAUAACAACUGCUGCCUGCUACGGCACCUGAUUGCCGCUGGUGAGCAUCGACUGGACACAAUAGGAUUUCCUGUUGAUGUCUUUCACGCUAUCAACAAGCACAAGGACUCCGAUGCUUUCUGUCAGAUGCACUGCAAUCCAGCAGGUUUCCCUGAGCUUUACGAUGAGCACAACCAGUGGAUGUUUGACUCUUCAGCUGCUGAGCAGGCGAACGUCUGGUUUGGAAGUUUCAAUCCAUAA